GCAAGCGCACAUUGAAGGGGUUAGGAGUGUUGAGGUCGAAGUAAAUGAGUGGAGUUUUCUUGUAAGAAAUGCCGCAGGAAUACGAGAAAGAUGCAUACCCGGAGCCUCCCAAACGGACUCCGGUUCCCGAGAAGGAGACCGCCCUUCCGAAUCCAGCUCUGAUUGCCUCCAAACUGUUUUAUUAUUCCGUAGACUAUCCUGUCACCAAAUUUAGAGAAAUCAUUGAUGGCGUUCGGGGUCAGAACAAGUACUACUACUAUCACCAGAACUUCCGACGUGUACCAGAUUUGACUGAAUGUGUCGAGGGCGACUAUCUGUGUUACUAUGAGGCGGAGAUGCAGUGGAGGAGAGAUUAUAAGGUUGACCAGGAGAUCCUGAAAAUAAUGCAGGAGCGCCUUCGUGCAUGCCAGCAGCGGGAGGGCCACAGCUACGUUGAGAACUGCCAGAACGACCUGCAGCAGUUCAAUGAAGUUGCCAAGGCCUUCAACUCUCGAUAUGCAGAUUUGGGGGCUCACGCGAAUAGCCGCAGGUGUCUGAUGAAGCAGAAGCAAAGGAUGCUCGAGCAGCAACAAUAAGCCUGUGGACUCAAAACUUAACACUUGAUCUAUUUUCUGUGGCUCCCCCGUGUGUAUGUAACUGUAAGAUAAAUAAAUUUAUUGGAAAACUG